AUGAGUCCAAUUCAGCAGCUGCAAUCAGCCCGGGCGCUCGCGUUAGGCGACGGUAGAUAUUAUCCUACCAUUAUACCAGGCGUGCUGCCCAUCAUAAGCUUCAGUGCAGACCAGAGCCUCGAGGUGCAACGAUGGGGUGCUGAUUUCCUGGCUGAAGCUUUUGCAUCACCAGCGUGGCCAUCAGACGUGAAGGAGAACAGUGCGCCAUCAGUCCUGGCUACGCUGAAAGAUUACCUGGAGAAUGUUGACGACAAGAGCGUCGUCAAGAGCUCCGUACAAGCGGCUGCCAGUGUGUACCCGCUUGUCUACAGACAUACUGUCAACAACGCCAACAAUGCCCAAAACUGGCAGCUCAUGUCAGCUAUCAAAUCGAAUAUUUUGCGACGAAUGGACUCGGCCCCGCCGGGCGUGCGCGUGUGCUGCGUCAAGUUCCUCCAGCAGGUCGUUUUAGUACAGACACCAGGCGUGGUCGACCCAAGGCGACCUGACUACAGCGAUAUCUCGCUCGCCCUCGUACCCCGCGAUCACCCCCUCAUACCAUACGUGAGCCUCGAGGCAGAAGGGCAUGGACUGCUCGACCGAUUGUUGGACAUAAUACAUGGAGAUCACAGUGAUGGUCUGCUCGUCACAGCGACGCUGAACACACUGGGCGUGCUGAUGCACCGAAGACCAAUUGCCGCCAACAAGAUACUGACCAGCAUCUUCAAUUUCAACCCCUUGAAGCUUGCCAAUUCACCCCUGACGCCCAAGAACAAAGUCAUCAUGAAGUCGAUCGAGCGCACAACGAGAUCGCUGCUAAUGAACAUCAUGAAGAGGGACCCCCAGAAUCCCAUCAACGGGCGGAUACAGCAGUUCCUCGAACGUAUGCACCGUAUGCGUGUCGAGAUGGUUGACGAGGUCAAUCGCAAGCGACCAGCUCCCAGCGAACCGACUGACGGUCUUGAUCAAGCUAAGAGGCAGCGAGUAGCUGCAGGUGCUCCUUCUGCCGUGACUCAAGAUAACAUGCCUGUUGCACCACCAUUGCCUCCAGGUCCCGUCAGCUGGCGUCAACUGUUCACACUGAACCCCGAAGGCAGUACGGUGAACUUCGAUGUGCAAGCCUUCCGAGACCCAGAACAGCUGGUGAGGAUACUUGUACCCGUACUGCAGUCAGUGGACCAAGUUAAGCUGGGCCAUGCUAUGAACAUCGUCCGCUCUCGGUACUUGAGUCUCAGUCAAGCUACUCGUGCUGCUCAACCCGCAGCUCCUGCAGCAGAAGACGAAGAAGAGUACGAACCUGACUUCGAGCCUGAAGAUGCAGAGCAAAUCAACAACAAGCUCGACGGUCUCUCACCCACCAAUCAAGCAUUUCAACCAGGACCAUCUACAUCGCUAGCGCCGUACAAGCUUCCCGAGGCACCUCCGUUGUCAAAACAAGAAGUCCAGAAGUACGGUGACAUGACAGUAUACCGAGCGUUCGGCAUGCUCAGCAGCGUUGAUGACACACAGAAGAGCAAGGUUGCCAAGGGUGGAUUUAAUAGACUAGCAGCAAGUGAUUAUGGCCGCGACGCGUGGGUAACGAUACUCUCACGGUUAGCCACACGAGCCAGCGCUGGCCUCGAAGACCUCCAAGAAGGCAUCAAAGACGAGCACGCCGUUAGUAACUCGAAAGGAGGCUUCAGCAUCAGCGACACCGUACGAGACGGCAUGUACAACUACAUCAUCUCUGACUGGAAGAAACGCAUCGAUGUCGCUACUCUUUGGCUGAACGAAGAAUGGUACAACGAUACCAUACUCGCUCAAUCGAAGGAUGUUCCCACCAACGGCACCGUUAGUGGCGACACUUUCACGUCUGUGCUCAAUACACUAAACGGCAAUUACCAACGCUGCGCACUCCGCCUGAUUGACGGUAUCCUGCCGUACGUCGAGCACACAGAUAAGAUUAUAUUGCGCUUCCUCUCCGAGGUACCUGCUCUAAAUUACGAAAUCUUGAUCCGCUUGAAGAAGAUGGCUGAAGAUCCGGAGCGUAUCGAUCUGGCAUGUAGUGCAUUGCACUACCUCUACAUAUUCAGGCCGCCGGUCCGGGAUAUCGUUGUCAACGUGCUCACCGAGAUCUACCAGACGAACGAUCGCGCAAGACCAAGCGCGAAGAAGCUGCUGGCCAGGUGGAAGCCAGAAGUUCUGGGUGAAGAGGCUGCGCCGCCGGUCAAGGCGGAGGGUGAGCAGAUCGCAAAGGAAAGUGCGAAUGUGGUGUUGGAGGUUAAGGCCGCCUCAUAG